AUGACGAGCCAACAUCCUUAUGCCCCUUGGCGGAGACUGAUCCUCAUACCUUGCUGGAUCGUUCAAAUUCUGUUCCCCGGCUUUACUUUUGGAGUAGUUGCUGUGGCUAUUGCUCAAAUCAUGAGCAAUGAUUUCGAUAAUGAUGACUAUGAUAACGAUGUCCGGACAGCUUUGAGCAUCGGAUGGGUCUACAUUGUAUUCAUUGGCUUGUGUAUGAUACUCACUAUUGCAGAGAUAGUUCUUAUGUUCAGGCACAAGUUGAAGCCCAUUGUUUUCCUCAUGAUGAACAUAUUCAAAUGUGCAAGCUGGACAGCCUUGUUCGCUGUCAGCUUGUGGAACGCUUUCGGUGUCGUUAAGAAGACGAUGCCGAGCAUUGUUAGUUUAAUUGUUGAUAUAAUCAUAUUACUCGCCUUCUAUAUCCCUCUAGCACAUGGCUCCCUGAUCAUUCACCGCAACCGCAAAGCUGCGCAAUAUGAACCUGUCGACCUCAAACAUAACAGCUUUGACUCCACUACCGAAUUAUUUCCCGAUGCCUUCCCUCAGGCAUUCAAGUCCUUGACCAACAUAGAAGAAACCACCGACCUAGAAGCAAAUGAUCACACUACCGGACGACCCCGCCGACUGAGUUACAAUCAUACAAGAGAUACUAGAUUCGACUCGUACAAACAAACACGAAGAAGUUUUUCAGAUCCAUAUAUUGCUGAGAGAAUGAUUGCUAGUCCAAGGCAAGCUUCGAUAUCUACAGUCACGACAAGAAGCAGAAGUAGUACGUUAGGUUUACCGAUACCGCAGGUCGUGGUGCACGAUCAUGAUGAAUUUAUGGAGAGGAAUAGGGUCAAUGGGAUAAAUUGAGGGGAACAAACAAGUGCUUAUAUAUGGGUGGCGUUUGGGGACAUUUUAUGACCGAAUGUUUUAUACCAAGGGUUUGUUAUUGGACUUAAAUUCUUAUCAUGCUUUCUUGUAUAUAUAUGGUUGGCUUUGCCAUAGGACAUUGAGCUCCGGGUGCUCAUUUAUUCAGAUGAACUGGAAGACUAUAGAUAAUUCAAUUUUGUUGAAUUGCGAUUUCGAAUAAG